AUGGCAGCAACGCAAGUCGAAGGGGAAACGCUCCUGGAGGAGGACUUUACUGAAGACCUGGGAUGGCGGACAGUGUCCAGCCGAAAAUCUAGAGCUACCACGAAGCCUGGAUUGGGUGAUGGCGGUGCACGAAGCGAGAUGCCUGAACGAAGGGGCGCAGGUGAAUGGCGCAAAGGCUUGGUAAUCAAGAACCGCAUUGUGAAGGCAUCGCGCAUGCCACCGAUGCCUGAAGAGCACAUCAAAAUAGUCAUUCGCCCACGGGGUGGAUUGAAUUUGGAGAAAACAGAUGAAUCGGGACAAAUAAUUCCGCGGGCUAGGGCAAACGUCGAGCCACUGCCGACCACGACCACGAUCACGAUCACUGAGAGAAUGGAGAGGUACACGGGCGAGUACUUCGCACCGCGUAUGGUCGCAACGGAGAUCGCUUCGUCCGAGUGUAACACAUCAGUCUGCCGGACCCUCCAACAGUGGUUUGUGUCAACGGUGGUUUCUCAGGCCGAUCCUUGCAGAAAGAAGAACCGAUUUGUCUGCGACGCCUCACUGAGCUUGCCCCCUUUUGAACCAUCAAUUGAAAAGGUACCCGCCGUCACUGGAAAACUCACAAGCACCGAAGGCACCGAGGCCGUAGCCAAUGCUAUGGCCGUCAAAUCGCAAAGUAAAAAGCAGCCACAAGACAGCAACGAACUGUUCCAGUCGUGCUUUCGUUACUCAAUGCUGCGAAAAGAGGGCGUGGAAGACGUUCUGCUGUUCCUAUCGAACUUCAACCUGGAUUUUCGCCACAUGGUGGAAGACAGUAACGAGCACCCGUUGACCCGGAUGAUGGAGCUGUCAUUCGAUUAUGGCAUAGACGUUCCGGUGUCCUUCACGAGGAUGCACAACAUCGCUGGUGAUGGCCCGCAAGCGUUUGUGCUUCAGGUCAACAUAAACCAAGAAGUGAAUGAAUUUUUCGUGGCCUUAGACGGCUUGGACGAAACAGAAGUGAAGGAGUUCUACGAGCUCUGUCUCAGCCAUUAUGCUCUACUAAAUCACACCAGCUUUGCAGAAGAGCUGAUAGACGCUGACGUUGAACGUAACGGUGCCGUUCCCGUCGACACCAUUGCUAAAGUGGCGAUAUUCAUGGAUCAGUUCCAGAGUGCUAUAGCGUUCGUCUACAACAGCUCGCAACAAAUCGUGAGAUUCGCCUCACCGGCUUCCUCAACCACUCUUGCUGCUGCUGGCACUCCCAGUAAAGAAGUUGCGCUGUUCCCGAAGCUGACGUCCCCGAAUGGGGCACCCGGCGAGCUUUUCACGGCCAUGGAAGGUGCCAAGAAGGAGACCGGAGGUCCCAAAGAGAAAGAGGCGACUGAGGCCGGUCGCAGCUUCCCUCUUCUCUGGCUGCGACAUCUUCGAGCGUGGCACGCCCUACCACCCCUGGUGCAAGCCUUGCUUCCGGUCAUGGUCUCGCUGGACAAGGACCGACCAGCAUCCUUCUUUCGGCUUCCCUACUACGAUGCCGCUGCACUGCCGGCUUACAAUUUCGCUGGCCUUGGUCAGGUUAUAGCUCGGGCGUUUGUCCACCGCAACGAAGAGAUGUUGCGCCAUAAUCCAGCCAUGCGUGAACGCUGGAACCGUUUCUGGGGAGCAACCGGUGCCAUCAACCGUGGCGCCACUUACUGCCUCGUCACCGGUCGGAGACAGAAUGACACCUCCCGGCGAGGGACUCCGAACGGCACCAGAACUUCCGAGUGGGUGAUCCGGGACCAGGGCCCCACCUUGAAGCUGAGCUACCUGGCCUUCUUAAGAUCCCGUCGCACGAACACCGGGUUGACAAAACCCAAGGAGCGGCUAGCGGGAAUUCGCCUCUCUCGAGAGCAACUCUUCCUCACGAUGCAUUGCGCCCUGAGCUGCUCCAUGGGUGUUGGCCUCGACACCACCACCCGACAAAUGACAACCCGCCAGAAGUGCGUAGUGGACUACGCGACGACGCUAAAACGCUUCUUCGAUGGGCCGUGUACGAAUGCUACAAGAACGAAUAGCCCGCACAAAUGUAGCUACCUGUAG